CAUCUUCAUUUUAUUCAUUUUCAUCAAUGGGAACAUCAAAUCCACGGAAAUUAAUUCAAGGCAAAUUUGUUACAACACAUAAAGCAUCUGAUCUUGAUGCUCUUUAUCGAAUGGCUUUACAAAAUCAAACAGCUUAUAAAUCUGUCGAACAGAAACGUAUUGCAGAACGUAAAUUGCAUGAUAAAGAAUUUGCUUCACAAUAUCGAGCUCUCAAGGGUAGCAUGCGAUCGGUUACUUUUACUAAUAAAAUUAAUUAA